AUGUUGCUAAAUUAUAUGAGUAUCCUUUCUGUGUUUCUCCAAGUUUUGACAGUUCACAGUCAGCAGUGCCUUCAAGGAUGUAAAUGUUCGUCAAAAGUAACAAUAUGUGCAUUCACCCAAAUUAGUGGAAUUCCAACCAAUCUUCCGACAGCAAUUACAGCGUUGACAAUUUCAGGCAGUGUAUCUAGUCCAAAUUCAUUUGGGCAUCUCAGUCCAUCUGCGUUUUCAUUUUCAAGAAUGUCCCAUUUAAUAAUGAGGUAUUGUGGAAUUGAUGCAAUAGACGCUGGGGCAUUUAGAACAUUACCCGAAUUGAAAAGAUUGAAUUUAGAAUUCAACAGAAUUAAGACAUUUACACAGCAGUCGUUUCAAGGAUUAUCAAAGUUAACAUCACUCGAUCUGACCGGUAACAAAAACUGUGACAUUAGAUCAAAUGCUUUUAAUGGAUUGUCAACUUUAUUAGAUCUACGAUUAGGCGAAAUGGACUUGGAUAGACUUGAUUUAAAUUUGUUUAAAUCGCUGCAUAGUCUUGUUACCCUUGAUCUUCAUGGCAAUAAAUUUAAAACACUUGACUGGACUGUUAUAUCGUCGCUGACAAAUUUGAAGCAUGUCGAUCUUUCCGGAAAUCAAUUAACAACAAUUCCAUCUAAUGUGUCGUCACUAUUCACACAAAUAGUGACAAAGAAGGGGAGCAUACAUCUUGGAAAUAACCCUUGGAAAUGUAACUGGGAAAUCAAAUGGCUGAAAAACAUGUCAGUGUCCUUCAGUUCCGUGUUCAGUAUAGGAAACAUUAUUUGCGAUUCACCUGCAAAUCUUCAAUACAUUUCAUUAAUCAGUGUUCCUGAUCCUAAACUAGAACCUAUACUUCCAAAGAUUUUAUAUUGUGACAAAACAACAGUAACAGUGAAUGAAGAAUGA